AUGGGUACAUUCGCUGGUCAUGCGCUGCCAGGGAGUUUUUUCUUGAUGUUUGGUAUCUGGUCAACCAUAUUCCAGCUAAAGAAAUACUACAGAAGAAAGAAAUAUGAGCUAGGUUUCUCUGGGCACCCUGAACCGAUCUACAAAAAUCAGUUCACUACUCCUAUCCACUGCCGCGAAGGCGGAUGCUGCUGUGGAGGGAAAGAAUUUCCUCUGGAUUCUCUUUUAAAAACUAUUUGUUGUGCUAUUGGUAUUACCGGGGAGGUAUAUACUGGGUUCCAUGAUGGAAAAUUCGAGUAUCUCACUAAUGCGCAGCAUUCCACGAUGUUCGCUAUGUUUAUGCUUGCUGGCAUUUUUGAGUUACUGAAUUUUUACCACGUAUUUGGAUUUCCUAGAUGCAGUGAUUACUUCUUUAAUUUCCUUGCUGUUGCAACCGAAUGCGUCCUUUUCGCUUUUCAUUUGCACGGAAGAACUCCUACAGACAUCUACGUGCACACUAUUCUUAUUUACGUUUUGAUUGUCCUCAUCGCAGUUGGUCUCUGUGAGGCAGUUUUCCUCCGUUCGCUCACAGCUGGUCUAGUUCGCUCCCUCAUCAUCAUAGUCCAGGGAUCUUGGUUCUGGCAAGUUGGAGCCAUUCUAUAUCCUCCGAUAACCUCCCUUCCAUCCUGGGAUGAGAUGGCAAUCGAGAGCAUCCCACGUGCGACCCAAAUCUUUAUCUGGCAUAUAAAUUGUGUUUUUGGAUUUAUCUGCAUUACAGCCGCCAUAAUGGGCAUUCCACUAAGGAAUCCCCCAGUCCACGCAGCUGACAGCAGAAGUGAUCAGCGGCGUUUGCUUGCAGACGGGGACGCUGCCGACUCAGACGACAGCGCCAGCGAAACGGAGGUUCUCGAAAUGCGUCAGUGGAAAAUAAACUACUAG